AGAGAGAGAGAGAGUGUGUGUGUGUGUGUGUGCACUCUGAGCUGUAGAGCGCGUGUGUGUGUGGUUGCCCACACUGGUGUGCUGCAGUCCGCUCCCUACCGUAGUUCACUAAACUACACGGACAUUAGCGGGCGCAGCGGCGCAACCACCGACCCCACAGUGGCUGAAAGCGCGCCUGUGGACGGAGCCAGUAAACGAGUGUGAAGCCCACCGAGAACAUAAAGACCGGUGUUAAUCUGCGACUCUUGGAGCAGUUUUGCAGCGGCGGAGCAGCAGCUGUGUGAAGAGUGUUCGUGCGGCAGACAGAGAGCUCUCGGCGGGAAUGGCUUCAUCUCCGUGCGGCAACACCAACUUUGAUUCCGGUCUGGAAAUCAAAACUCGCUCCGUGGAGCAGACUCUUAUCCCCCUGGUUUCCCAGAUAACCACUCUGAUCAACCAUAAAGACAAGCCAAAGAAGUCAGAGCGAACCCUGGCAGCCAUACACCGGGUCGGUCAGGCAGUGAGUGUGGCGGUGGGACGCUUUGUCGCAGUUGGGGAAGCCAUCGCUUUAGAGAACCAAGAACUGAAGGAUGAAAUGGGUCAGGCUUGUUUCGAGGCACGGCGAGCAGGUGAAGCCAUAGCACAGCUCACGGAUGUGGGUUCAGCUUUAUCAUCCCAAUCAGACGGACGAGUCACCGUGUUCAGCGAUAGGACGGGAAUGGUGAAGGCCGCGCGCCUGCUCCUUUCUUCAGUCACUAAAGUCCUGGUGUUAGCAGACCGCAUCGUUAUCAAACAGAUCAUCACAUCUCGGAACAAGGUCCUGGUAACCCUUGACCAUCUGGAAAGAGUCAGCACCUUCCAGGAAUUCGUUCAGAUUUUCAGCCAGUUUGGCAAUGAGAUGGUGGAGUUCGCCCACCUCACAGGAGACAGACAGAACGACUUGAAGGAUGAAAAGAAGAAGGCUCGCAUGGCUGCAGCGAGAGCAGUGCUGGAGAAAUGCACCAUGAUGCUCCUGACAGCCUCAAAGACUUGCCUGCGGCAUCCAGACUGCGAGUCGGCACGGAUCAACAAAGACGCCGUGUUCCACCGAAUGCGCUGUGCCCUCGAGCAGGUCAUCGAGAUAGUAACCGAAGCGCGCAGCAGUGCGGAGAGCAGGAUCCUCUCUGCCAGCAUCUAUAACGGCAUCAAGGACUUUAAGUCCAGUGUGGAGUCCCUGCGGGACAACCUGUACGCCUCAUCACCCCAGAGUCUGAGCAGCCAGCUGGAGGCCCUGGUGGAGAGGACAGAGGAUUUCACAGACUCCGCCUACACCAGCCACGAGCAGCGGCAGGCCAUCCUAAAUGUCUGCCAACAGGCGCGUCAGGACACACAGCAGCUGAUGCACCACUGGAUUGAGGUGCAGUCUGCUCUUGCCAAAGAGGCUACAGAGGAAAUGGAGGUGGCCAUUCUGAAGACGAGCCAAAGCGUCAUUGACCUCAGGCGUGAGCUCCAUAAAGCCGCUGUCGCUCGUGCGUCCGACUUGCUGAAAGUUCACGGCGAGCAGUUGCCUUUGCGAUCCCUCAAAGCCGCAGGGGCCGAAGGAAACUUGGAAGCGGUGGCCGAGUAUUCACGCACUCUCACUGAGCAGAAGGAGCAGCUGGUGGAGGCCUGUCGGCUCCUGUGUCACAUAUCCGGGACAGAGCCUCUGGAGAUAACCUGUAUACAUGCUGAGGAGACGUUCCAUGUCAUUGGUCCUCAGAUUAUGUCGGCGGCUCAGACACUGGCCCUACACCCGUCCAGUAAGAUCGCGAAGGAGAACCUGGAGGUGUUCUGCGAGGCGUGGGAGUCGCAGCUCUGCGACAUGGCCCUGUUAGUGAGAGAGAUAAAUGACGUCUUUGAAGGCAGACGAGGAGACAAGAGACCUUAUUUGUCCCUCCCUCGACCGGGGAAACACUCGGCUAACCUGAAGACUGCCAAGGCUGUCAAGCUUGAUGCAGAGGAGCAGACAAGCAUGGCCAAGCUGGGGCUUGAACUCCGUCUGCUGUCAUCAGACGUGGACACAGAGGUGGAGAAGUGGGAGGACCAGGAACAUGACGUUGUCCGGCAGAGUCAAAGCCUGGCCAGUAUGGCCUACAACAUGUACCUGUUCACCAGAGGGGAGGGGCUGCUGAAAACAACGCUAGAUCUUUUUCAUCAAGCUGAGGUUCUUUCUGAAGAGGGGCUGCAGCUGUGCUCUUCCCUGCGCACUUUUUCCACUCAGCUGGUUGAUGAGGAAAAGACGGUGGUGAUGACAGAGACUGACAAACUGGUGGCUCUGUGCCAACAGCUGCAGAUGGGGGCCAGGACUCCAGUACAAGGCAAGACUGCCACCUUCCAGAAGGUGGACUCGUCCAUUCAGACGACAAGAAGUGCCCUGGCUGUGGUUCUUUCCCUUCUUCCAUUCUGUAACAAGCUAAACAAAAAGUACAAGUCAGAGAGAAGCAGCCUGGGGUCUCCACAUGACUGGAGGGAGAGGCAGGACACGUCCACACCAGUCAGAGAGGAGGGGGCGCUGAACGGCAAGAGCAGCAACGGCUUCGGUGUCAAAUCACUGGAGCAGCACAUGGCUGCGCUCAACCUGCUGGAGAGCAAGUAAUCCAGGAAAUGGUCGUCACCUCGUUCUGAUCACUUCCUGAUCAAGGAGCAGCACAUCAAGACCACUUCAACUUCCUGGAAACCAGGAAAUGUCUCACCCACCCUUUGUCCUCAUUCAUCCACCAUGCAGCACAGCCAGAGGUAGAGCUUAAAAAGAUGGUUUAGGGGCAGUAAACGUUUGCAUGCUGGAGGAUGAGGGAUCAAGAGGGUUUUAUGGGAGAUUUUCUUUUUAUUAUUUUAACUUCAAGCACCAGUUCCACCUCAGGCCACUGGAGGGAGACAAUCAGCCAACAAUAGACUUUUUUCCAUUUCCAUCAAAAGUGAGAUCUGGCACACACCUCCAUAUUUUAAUGACUUCAUCACUACUACAGGUAAAUCAGGACGGAUAUUCUCAACACAGCCAUACAUUUGUCUUCACUAUGUGCCUCUGCUCGUCCAGUCUCUGUGGUGUUCUGUAAAUUUGUUGCACAUUUUAUCUAAAACAAAAAUCAAUUUAAAUCCCCUGAUGCAUGAUGCCACCAUUGCUGAACCCUUGUGUUUGAGUCUCCUAAUAUUAACUGUGUUACAUAAAUGUUAUUAAGCGUCAUUGUGGCUCAUGCUGUACUUGCAUCCGCCACCUCACAUGCUAACAAUUUCGUAACUGUAAGAACAAAUGUCCAUGUAAUUAUUGUCUGAUUUUCCAAGCGCCAUAGAAACAUUCCUCACGUGCCAUUUCAGAGACAAAAUGCAAAAAAGAAUCAUAAUUUAUUUAAUGCCAAAUAAAUCUGCUUUAGCUUCCUAUAAACGCCACUGUUAAAAUAUAUGAAGUUGUCUGACCUCUGGUGUUCACGACUGGUGACGUGCUUCUACUCGACCCGGGGUUUGUCCAUGAAUAUCUGCUGUUUUAACGCUGACUUUAGCACUGAGCUGCUUCACUUUUCAAUGUUGAACCUUGUUCUUUGUAAAUUCUAAUAAUCAGUCACUUUCACAAGUGAACAAUAAGUGUGAACCGGCGCCGAUGUCAAAUGGAUCCUAGAAGUGUACUUGUAAUGAAGACUAUCAUUGUGAAGCCGCCGACAGUAUGUUAUGUUUAGAGGUAUGUGGUAUAUUCUGGUACUUGAAUCGUGUAUACAGUAUAUAGUACUCAUCCUUGGGUACUAACUUUGGUACUUGGUGAUGGUGUGAUGAUGACGGAGACAGUUAUUAAUAGGCCGUAAGCUUUAGGAAAUGCUUUGCAGCUAAGGAUGCUGGGUAUUAUAGCGGGUCAACAGAAGUGAAGAUAAAAAAAAAAUCUAGUUUUGGAUUGUCUAUAAUUUUGACAACGAAAAAGCUUAAAAUGACACUUAAAAAAUAAACAAUAUUUUUAUUAAA